GUGGGCGGGGUCAAAGCGAUAAGGUGAGUCAGUGAGCUUGGGAUCUUUGGUGGGGAUUUCAGCUGGGAGCGUUUGGGCCGCGCUUUGGGAUUGAUUUCACCAGGGUUACAGUCGGAGCACGUCAACCAGCAUGGGAGAGACAGCGGACGCAGCGAACGGGACUGUGACCAGGUCAGCUGAGUACAUCGGCUCAUUUCCCGUUGCUGACUGCUGUUUGGAUGAACAAGUUCUAAAGCUGCACUUGCAGCUGAAAACCUUCAAGCGCUUCAAACGCAGGCGCUACGUCUCUCUGAAGUUCUCCAUUAAAGGUGUGAAGGUUUAUAAUGAGGACGAGACGACUCUUCUGAUGGCCCAUGCUCUGCGGCGAAUCUCGCUGUCCAUCGCCCAGCCCUCGGACGCUCAGUUUGCUUUUGUCGCCCACAAUCCCGGCAGCCCUGACACUCAGCUCUAUUGCCAUCUCUUCAAGGCCAGACACGCCCGAGCCGCCCAGUUCCUGAACCUGCUCCUGUGCCGCUGCUUCCAGCUGUGUUAUUUAGAGAAACAUCCAGAAGAAGCUGAAGAUAAGUCAUCUGGGAAGAAGCCCACUCGUAAGCCUUCCCUUCUGAACCAAGGCUUCCCGCUCAGCGUCAACGCCCUGGUGUCCUUUCGCAGGGCACCGACUCAGGGUCUGCUGCCUGGGGUCUCCUCCAAACCCAGUACGGAGUCUGUGAGCAGUCCGGAAGAUGUCUUUCUCACGUCCCCUACUCUUGUACGUAAGCAGGCCAUGAGGGACAAAGCGCUGCGCUCGGGGGCUUACCGUUCCUUCACCUACACUCCUGUAAAGCAGCGGCACCUGCAGGAACGCUUGAACGCUCCACAAGACAAGGGACAGGACACUGUACCGGAGUGCAGGGUGCGCGCUCCAAGCUUGGCCGAAACCGAAGAAGCACUGGCUCAUGCCGUGUGGAGCUGGGCUGGCGUCUCUAGUCACAGCAGUUCAACUCUGCUUGCUGAAGAUGUCCUCGGCUCCUACUUGCUGUGUCCCCACCCCAAAGAUCCCAACGUCGAUUGUCUGCUCAUUCGCUUCCCCUCAGGUCUGGUCAGUUUGCCUAUUAAGACCUCCAGCAAUGGAAGACUGUUCCUUGAGAACUGUCGUGUACGGUUCGAGAGUCUCACAGCGCUGAUCGAGCACUACACCGAGACCAGAGGAGAGCUGGAGGUGCAGCUGAGUUGCACUCGAGUUAACCACUGUUACGAAUGGGAAGAGAGCAAAGUCCAGACGAAGCGCUCGGCACAACAAAAGCCCAGACGAUGACUCCUGGGUUUAAAUCCAGAUCAGUGUUUUAUCUGUGUGUAUAUAUUUAUCUAGUUUUAGACUCUUAAGACUCUUAAUCAGGGACCUGUUCCACUUUUUCUAGACACUUUUAACCCUUAUUGCCACUUAACUCCUAAUGUUCUGCACUUCAUGCACAAAGCACAAGGUGAUUGUUUUUUUUUGCUGCUGUUGUUCUCGGGUAUAGGGGCUUUUAUUUUAUUUUAUUUUUUUUUUAUUUUUUUUUUAAUUUUGGACAAUACUGACUAACAACCCUGUACUUUUUUUGUUUUGUACGUCUAAAUGAUUUCUAUAACCAUUUUUAUACAUUUAUUAUGCAGUAUUGCUAACUAGCCAGAGCUGUAAACUUGAGUCACUCUUACAGGAGUUUGUGGGUUAGUUUAAAGAGUUGAAAUAUCAGCUACGUAUCUUAUGAAUGAUGUGGAAGAAAUGAUGUGCAAUCUGUUUUACCCAAUGGUAUCUGUGGAACCUUUUCCAACGGCUCUAGUCGUAGAUGGACCUAAGAGCGAUUUUCUUGAACACGACCUGACAUUUUUGAGUAAGUUUUUUAUCAGCUGUUCUACUGAAGCACUUUCCUAAGAGGAUCUUGUAUCUCUUGGAAUUAUAUAUAUAUAAAUGCAAAUACAAACAGCGAUUCCUUGUUUGCUUUCAUUAUUUAUUUAUUUUUAUUUUAUUUCCCUCACUGAUCUGUGAGGUCCUUGUGAGCUUCCUUUCAUGGAAAAAGAGAAAACCUAUUGAACUAGACACGAUGUAGACAGAUGUAGUGUUGAUGUGGUCAAGAUUUCUGGGAGGAUCCAAGGUCAGGUCUUUGUAGAGAUGGUUUUGGUGAAGAAACUAGUGUUUAUAGCUACUAUAGCAUGCACAAUGAUAAGAGCUUGCUUUUAAUGCAACUAAACGGUUGACAGCAUAGCAUCACAUUUAUUAAUAAACUCAGUAUUCAUCUGAACACCCUCAGUAUUCAUAACACAUUUUACGUGUCGUUAUGUAAAAAUAUAUAAGCUGGUGUGGUAUAAGCGGACAUUUUGUUAUUUGUUAAGCACACAGAUAACCUCUUUCGAGCUAUCAUAAAUUACAGAGGUGAAUAUGGCAUUACAUUAUUAGCUUGCACUGGAAAUAGUUAUUUCACCCUAAUGACUAUGAGGUUUCCUUCUGAGUCUGGUUCCUCUCAAGGUUCCUUCCUCAUAUCACAUGGAGUUUUCCCUUAGGGUAGCAUGGUGGCUUAUUGGUUAGCACUGUUGCCUCACAGUAAGAAGGUCUUGGGUUCAAAUCCCGGGGGACUUUCUGUGUGGAGUUUGCAUGUUCUCGGUUUCCUCCCACAGUCCAGAAACAUGUACAUUAGGUUGAUUGGUCUUCUAAAUUGCCCAUAGGAGUGUGUGUGUGGGUGUGGUUGACUGUCUAUAUGUCCUGUGAUGGACUGGUGACCUGUCCAGGGUGUACCCCUGCCUUUCACCCAGUGUGUGGCUCCAGCAGAUCCCCGUGACCCUAUUUAGUAAUAAAUCAGGUAUAGAAAAUGGAUGGAUGGAGUUUUCCCUUGCCACCGUUGGUGCAGGCUUGCUCAUUAGGGAUAAAAAAAUUUCAUUUAAUAUUUUUUUCCCUCCUUUCUCUUUUUCUCUACUUUUGUAAAGCUGCCUGGAGACAAUGUCCAUCCAUAAAAGGCGCUAUACGAAUAAAUUGAAUUUAAUUGAAAUUGGGAAAACUUAGCCUGUAGCUAACCCUGCUUCACACAAACGUAAACAGAAGUUUUGUUUGUUUUUGUAGCAUUUUUGUAUUGCCCAUGUUUUAACUUGUGAUAAAUAAUGCCUUAUUCUCUCUUUCCUGAGCUCUUUGCUGUUCCCUAAAUUCGAUGUCUACAGGGUUCUUGGAAAAAGUAAUGACUUUUGAGUCAGUGGGCUUGUUAUUGAAACCUUUUUCACUGUGAUGUGUAACUAUUAAUUUUAGACUUUGUUUUUCACUUCAUUCAUUAAUUUUUACUUUGGUCAUCGAACACAUUACACGGACAACAAAAUGUCCAGACGCUCCUCCAACAUGGCGGCGCCGAUGACGUCACUUCGUGCCUACUGCGAAAAAACUGGGAAACCUGCGCGAGCCGAGUUGCAGGUUGCUAGGCAACGGAGCACGCCGUGGCAGGACACAUAUACACACACACACAGCUCCUGAUAUAAUAACGGUGUUUGUUUAUCCUCGAUUUUUUAACACAGGAAUGCUUUUAUGGAUCCGGGAAUGCUGACGAUUAGU